CAGCAGAGGCCGAGUCGCCGCACUGGGCCAGCGACAAACGGCGCCGGGAUGUGGAUGCCGCUCCCGGCCCGCUGCUCAAACGCGGCUGGGGUUCACGCGAGUUCGGUGAUUUCGGCGGCGGCGACGACGGCGGCUUCGGCGGCUUCGGCGGCGCGGCCCCGUGGAACGACGACCGCCGGACGGCCGCCCCCCUCGCCGCGGACGACCGCCGGCCGCCUCCGGCAUGCCCAAAGUACCGGCGCUACCAGGUGGCCUGCAGCAACCAGGACGGCGCGGCGUACAGGGGCGUCAUGUCGGGGUGGUGGGCCCCGAGCGAAGAGACGAGGAAGGGGGUGGCGGGCGACCGCGCGGCCGCGGCGCCGAGGGACGUCGCGCCGUGCCGAGAGGAGGGCGCCGGCUUCCGGGCGUCGCCUCCGGCGCCCGCCCGCGACUCCGCGCCGUGCCGCCCCGACCCGCCGUUGACCCCGGCGUGGACCGGCGUCGUCGGGGAGGUGGCGCCGGCGGCGGCUCUCGACCGAGGCGAGAUGCGGUUCCCGGCUCGUUGCGGCGGUUCCCGGCGCGGCCCGGCGCUCGCAAGCAGAGCCGUGUGCGGACGCGGAUUUGUCGGGCGUCUGGACAUGAAGCGCGUGGAGGAGACUGAGAGAGAGGGGGGGAACGACGCAUGGGAGGAGGAGGAGGAGGAAGAGGAAGAAGAGGAGGAGAGGAGGAACGAGCAGGAAUGUGAAGGAGAGAGAGGAGAGCGUCGGGGUGGCGGGAUCGGCUUUGGCAGCGACGUGGGAGGAGGGGCGCGGGCGGAGAGUGGCACGAGGAGCGAGGGUCGCCCGAGCGCGCUCACCGCUGACGCGAGCUCCUCUCCCGUGAAUCUCUCCACGUCCUGCCGGCUGCCCGCCCGCCACGCCAGCGGCAGCACCGCCCCGGCCUCCUCCUCCUCGCCGCUCCCCGCGUCUCUGUCCCCGCGUCUCCCCGCGGCCACCCCCAUCGCCUCGUGCCCCGUGCUGGGCCCACAAAUGGAAGCGGCCGCCGUCUUCCUCCAACGCUCGCUGGGCCUCCGCGUCAGCUCCACGGCGACCUCCUCCCUCGCUCCGGCGUGGCUACCGACACAACCGACGCCGCAACUUUCUCCGCUGCCGCCGUCGCUGCUGCUGCAACCGCAGCCGCCGCACGCGCCGACGACGGCGAUAGCGGCGGCAUUGGGCGGUGGCUGUGCGGUGCACGGGGACAGCGCGGCCUUCAGUUCGUCCGGCGAGGACUCGUACUCGGACGACAGUGACUCGUGCGCAUCCAAACCCGACUGCCCGGAGGUGUCGCUGCCGUUCCCCGUGGCGGGCGUGCCCGAGAUGUCGCGAAACGAAUUCCAGGCGCUGCUGCGGCGCCACGCUCUGUCGGCGGCGCAGCUGGAGCUGGUGCACGACGUACGCCGGCGCAGCAAGAACCGCAUGGCGGCGCGGCGCUGCCGCAAGCGCAAGCUGGACUGCAUCAACGGCCUCGAGGGGGACAUCCGCAAGCUGGUGUCGGAGCGCGAGCGCGCGAUCCGCGAGCGCGAACUCCUCACCGUGGAGAUGGCCGCGGUGAGACAGAGCUGCGCCGGACUCUACCAGACCAUAUGCAGGGAGGUGCGCAGCUGCCCCGAGCACAUGCGCCUUCUCGGGCCGUACCUCCCCGCCGCGCUGGACCGGCUCGUUCCGGACGCCCCCCUCCCCAACUCCACCGCCGCCGCCGCCUCCGGCCGUGCCCCGCUACCCGAGGUGGCGGUGCCCGUCGCGCUCCGCCCCGACCCCCCCCGCCCCGUCGCGACGGGCGAAGUGCCGCGGCCCGGCGAGAGGAGGAGGGGGGGCGGCGGCGGCGGCGGGGACGGCGGGGACGGCGGGGUGGCGACGGUGGUGGUGCAGAUGCGAGCGAUGGAAUGGUCCACGCCGUCGGGAGGGGGUCGUGGUGGGCGCGCUCGCCCCGGGGAUGGUGGGAAGGUGGCGCAGUCCGACGUGGAGAAGGACGCACAGGAUCAUGGGAAGGGAAAUGGCGAUGGUUUUGCAAGAUUGCAGAUUAGCGCUUCGUAGGUUGAUUUACCCGAAAUCGCGAUGCUUCAGGCUGAAGAGCGUUGAAUCGGUGGUUUUAAAUUGCCAUGUUCAUCUUCACGUUUUAUGAGCAUAUUUUUAUAUGGUGGGAUGAGACUUUUGGACCAAACUGGCACGUGAAAGACACAUUUUUUGUAAAAAAAAAAUUUUUGUAAAAAAAAUGUAUUAAUGGGGUGCAAAAAAAAACACGUGGCAAAGAAUCAUCGUGCUUAAAACAUGACAGGCGUUGGACACACCCCCAUAUCUGCUUACAGCCCUGAACCAGCAGUUCCAAUUCAAUGUUCCUGUGACGGGGGUCAGUCAAAGACUGUUACUGAAUUUUGUUGACCCUCGAGGGAUGAUGAUGAUGAUGGGCUUAGUCAACCUCCAACUGGAAUUCUGCGAUUCAUGACCUGCUGAAUUUAACUUUUUUUUAUCAACGGUGUUAGCAACGCUUACACGCAAGAGCUCAAAAGGAACAUUAAUGAUCUUGGGCCACUGGGGGCAACAUUCCUCAUUCCUAUGGAAGGGCCCAGUUUGUCCGUGUUUAAAGGAACUCGUCAACUCAAGCACUCACCCCCUGCAGCCUCUUACUGGACUAACGCUGCUGACGACGACGACGAUGAUGAUGAUGGUGAUUAAGAAGCCUCGUCCUGUAUGGGAAUUGAACUUAUUUUCCUCACAGUUGCGAGGUGAAGAGGAGGACGUUGCUGCCACAGAGGUUCCGUCACGUUGAGCAGCACAGUGGAGGUCCGCUGGUUCUCUCCGGCAUGGCAGCUAAAACUCUCUAAACUAAAAAAAAGAUGUUGUAUUUGACCAGGUGAGGCCCACAACAGCAACCUGGCCACAAAUGAUAGCUCAACGAAAUGGCAAAUGUGGAAAUCCAUAGCAGCCAAAUACUCUAAACGUGUGAUGUUGGUUUUAAAUAUGGAGGGAAAAACCAGAGGUCCCAGUAAAAAAUCCACAGGGAGAGAGAACACGCAAACUCCAAAUAUACAGCAGGCGUCUGGGUUGAGAUGGAACCCACAAUCUCCUGUAUACCAGGCGAGGUAAUGAACAUCUCCUAGCCGGUGUGCAGCACAUGGGCUGCGCCACAGUUGUGAGGUGGGCAGGUGGAUCGUGCCGGGUGGAGUGAAGCGUGGGUCACUCCUCGCCUCUUCCCAGAAGGCCUCGCCAGUGUGCAAGAGUAGGCCAAAAUACCCUCGAGGGUGGCGCUAUUCUUCUGCGAUGCACUAUGGGUAUCGAUUAAAGUAUUAAAGGUAUUUUUUAAAAGUAUGUUUUGAUGUUUUUUUAUUUUUGUGUGGUAAUGUACGUGAUAAUGGACCAGCCAUAUGCAUUCUUGUGUAAAUUCCGUUAUAAGUUAUUCAUCAAAUCCACACACACAGAGCCAUACUACCUACAGACGCUGCACAUCAACGGAAUUGAUUUCUAUUUCACCUUGUGGGGCGAGAAGCGUGGAAGAGUAGGCCAAAUACCCUCCACGAGAGGGCCUCUGGAGCUCCCUCCAGCCGAGGCCCUCCUGCCAGCGGUGGCGUGAGCCAGCGGUUGCGGGGCAGCGCCUUUACUCCUACACGGACUAAAAAGGGCUGGGCGGCUGAGCAGCAGAGGUUGGACUGCACUUCUAUGCGUUCCCCGCCUUCAUCAACCCGCACUCACCGGCGUGGUGAGGUGUGGUGACCACUCCGGUGAGUGUGGGGGGGCCAUCGUUCAUCAUUGCAUCGACAGAAUGGGCUCUGUGCACGUGCGUGUGGCCUUCAGCGUUAGCCAGUGGUGAAAAUUCCACAUUCCUAUGGCGAGGAUCAAAAAAAUAGAGCGAGAAGUGUAGAGAUUGCAAUAAAUGCUAUGCCAGUAUUACAAUGAUGAACGUUACGUAUUUUGUUUUGAAUCGAGGGAUUGAAGCCAGCGUUGUAAGUUCUGCUGCAUUGCCACUCGAUCGGUAAUGUAACACACGGGCCCACUCACCGUUGCGUUAUUUGCAGCUGCCUCUUUGUGUUCCGUUUGGUUGUCGUUUCCCGCCUGCACCUCUUCCGUUCAGCACGGUCGGCUACGUGCGGUGCGAAAAAGAAGUUCAACAUACGUCGACUUACUCUGUGCGAAGCGAGCGGUCAUUCCACGUUAUCACUGACGGGUGUCCGGUCCAUCCACAGGACGACCCAUUCUCAACUCCCCACGAACUUGGUGCUAAUAAUUUUAUCGACACUGGAUGGCGACAACGACGACGGUGUUAUGAUGAUCGAUAAUGGUGAAGGCGAUGAUGAUGACAGUGACGACGAUGUCGAUCAUUAUAAUGAUUAAUUAUAAUGAUUGUUUAAUUAUAAUGAUUGUUUAAUUAUAAUGAUUGUUAAAUUGAUAACAAUCGCGGUGGGCUGCAUCCACAACUCACCUGGAUUUGAACUCCACGACCUCCCAGUGGUUGAGUGACGUCUCUCCGACGCCGGUGGCAUUUCCCCCUCCCCCCCGAUCCCUUGUGGACCCUGGAAGUUGUUUUGUCUAGAAUAUGGAAUCACUGAAAUGCUUGCACUAUAGUAUCACGGGGCUUUAGCACGCGUGAUGCCCUUCCGAAAUACGUUGCUCAAAAGAUUCGAGUUGCCUUUAGCAGUGCACUAACACACACACAGAUCCCUUUAGCAGUGCACUAACACACACAGAUCCCUUUAGCACUGCACUAACACACAGAUCCCUUUAGCAGUGCACUAACACACACAGAUCCCUUUAACAGUGCACUAACACACACACACAGAUCCCUUUAGCAGUGCACUAACACACACAGAUCCCUUUAACAGUGCACUAACACACACACAGAUCCCUUUAGCAGUGCACUAACACACACACAGAUCCCUUUAACAGUGCACUAACACACACACAGAUCCCUUUAGCAGUGCACUAACACACACACAGAUCCCUUUAACAGUGCACUAACACACACAGAUCCCUUUAACAGUGCACUAACACACAGAUCCCUUUAACAGUGCACUAACACACACACACAGAUCCCUUUAGCAGUGCACUAACACACACACAGAUCCCUUUAGCAGUGCACUAACACACACACAGAUCCCUUUAACAGUGCACUAACACACACACAGAUCCCUUUAGCAGUGCACUAACACACACACACAGAUCCCUUUAGCAGUGCACUAACACACACACACAGAUCCCUUUAACACUGCACUAACACACACAGAUCCCUUUAACAGUGCACUAACACACACACAUCCCUUAAGCAGUGCACUAACACAGAUCCCUUAAGCAGUGCACUAACACACACACACACAUCCCUUUCGCAAUGCACUAACACACACACACAGAUCCCUUUAGCAGUGCACUAACACACACACAGAUCCCUUAAGCAGUGCACUAACACACACAGAUCCCUUUAGCAGUGCACUAACACACACGCACACAGAUCCCGCGUCUAGUGUAAAGCUCCACUCGGUAUAUGCUGCCGAGGGUUGGACUGGAGUUACCCACCUUAUCUUCACUUACACACAAUGCACGCGCAUGCACAUCGUCACAAAGUGGCGGUGAUGUCCCCGCGGCGGCGCUUGUGCCAGGCUAGGUGCACGCGUAGACACUCGCCGCACGCUCAAAGAUGUUGUUACUGGUAGCUGCAAGCAUUACGCGACCGUGUUGUAAUUGUUGAUAGGGCGGCAGCUACGACGUGGAAGGGGAGCAAUGUCGAGGAGGUUUCUGAGUGACUUUGCUGUUUGUGUUGGUGCAGAAGUGACGUUUGUAGCGAAGAUCUGAAACCGCAGGGCGCUUGACUCGCCUGCUCUUGCCUCUCAUCCCAUAUAGAACCCUCAUCCCAUAUAGAACCCUCGUCCCAUACAGAACCCUCGUCCCAUACAGAACCCUCGUCCCAUACAGAACCCUCGUCCCAUACAGAACCCUCGUCCCAUACAGAACCUCAUCUCAUACAGAACCCUCAUCCCAUACAGAACCCUCGUCCCAUACAGAACCCUCGUCCCAUACAGAACCCUCGUCCCAUACAGAACCCUCGUCCCAUACAGAACCUCAUCCCAUACAGAACCUCAUCCCAUACAGAACCCUCGUCUCGUCCGCCACGGCACCCUCACAGUCGCGCCCUAUCCUGCCCCCCUGUAGUCUGGCUCUCUGGUGUGGGCUGUGUGGGCGGUGUGGGUGAUGUGGGUGGUGUGUGCGGUGUGUGCGGUGUGGGUGGUGUGU